AUGUUGCGCCGAAACUUACGCACCUCAUGUAAAACAAUAUAUUUUGUAGUAUUUUACAAUUUUUUUUACCUUAGUAAUGCUUUAUUAUGUUACAAUGGUACUCUGUCUAAUGUAAAAUUUGGCGAAGAUCCUUUACAACGUAAACGUAUCUUUAUUUCUGAUAGCAGAUUUGAAGCAAGGCUGCGCUGUUCCCUGACCAUUCUAUGUCCAGACAAUGCAGUGUGCUUUUUUCGAUCAUGGGUCGCCCGUUCGAAGCAUGCUUGGAUUGUACAGCGAGGGUGCUACGAGCUAAGUACAGAAGAGUCUCCGCCAAUUUCUCUUUCUGUCAUAUCUAGAUCGAUGAGUUGUAAACGUCAAAGAUUUCCUGACGCUGAGUAUAAGGUAUGUUUUUGUCAAGGAGACCGAUGUAAUGGGAGUAUCGAUUUGUGUUUAAAUUAUCCAAAAGGCCUUUUAUUUUUAUUAUUUGUGCUACAUUUAUUUUUUUAUAUUAGUUCAUUGCAAUAA